AUGGCAAGUUCACCGUUUGCUUCUGCAGAACACAGUUUUUACGGAGUCAAGGACAAGUUGAGUCCUUCGAACCGAAGCUAUGGAGGUGUCGAAGAAGAAAGAAUGCAAAUCCUUUUUUCAGAAGCGGAAGAUUGGGAAGAGUCCCAGGACAUCAGCUCCUUUUCAGAUUACAGAUUUCAUGGCAGUGACAUGAUGAAGAAGCAAGCUCCUUUUUCCGAGUAUCAACGGCAAGAGCAGCUACAACAAUUGUUAUCAGAUUAUGGGCUCCUUGAUAAUCUGCAAUACGAUAUUGCCUCUCCCCCUAUCCAGACUAGUCUAGAUGAGAUCGCAAAGUUCAGCAGAAUCUCUACUGAGCUGCAAGAUAUCAUUGAGGCCAGGAAGGACAAGCCGUUCCAGUUUCCUUUAACAUCACUCGAGCUUCUGAAGAACUGUGGAAGCAGGUUGCGACGGCUGAGCGGAGAUGGGGUACUCAAUCCAAACACUGAGAACAACAAGGCCGAGCUGUCUGCUUCCGAAACCAUGAGGAUUGCUAGCGCCAAAUUUAUCCAGUCAUCUUCUGUGGCAGCCGUUGAUCUUGUGCUGCCUGGCCAUCCUUAUGAUUAUCAUUUCUCUUGCUCAUCAGAAGACGAGGUAAGGAACGUACAACUUGCUGAGAUCCUCCUAGGUGCUGCUGAGAAAGUGGGAUGUCAGCAGUUCGAUGCAGCGAGCAAAUUGCUCAACCAGUGUGAUGAGUUAUGCUGCAACACAGGUAAUCCGGUAGAACGGGUAGUGUACUAUAUUUCUGAAGCCCUUAGAGAGAAGAUUGAUCGGGAAACGGGAAGAAUCAGCAUAAAGGGCCUGGGAAAGAAGAUGAACCUUGAUCUAGAUGAAGACAUCAUGAGGCCAAGCCCUCCUAUCAUGUUGAGUCACCAACUAGUCCCGUUCUCUCAGAUACAGCAAUUCUCCGCAAUACAGACCAUCAUGGAGAACGUGGCGGAGGCUAAGAAAGUUCAUGUGGUUGACUUUGGGAUAUGGAGUGGCGUCCAGUGGACGGUCCUAAUGCAAGCCCUCAUGAAUCGACGUGAAUGCUCCCUAGAGCUGUUGAAGAUAACAGCCAUAGGUACUUGUUCCCAGCAAGCGAUUGAGGACACAGGUAAAAGGCUGGAGACUUUCGCUCGACUGUUCCACGUACCGUUUUCUUUCAAAAUAAUCAUGUUGCAGGACAUGCUCGAACUCAAGGAGGAUCUUUUUGAUCUGGACAAGGAAGAAUUCAUUGUCGUCUAUGCUCGGUUCCUCCUUAAAACGAUGAUUCCUCAGCCUGAGAGGCUCGAGUCUGUCAUGAAAGUGAUUAAAAAGCUAAACCCAUGUGUGAUGAUGGUCACCGAAGUCGAGUCAAACCACAACUCACCAGCUUUCACACAUCGGUUCCCUGAAGUGCUUUUCUACUACAGUGCAUACUUCGAUUGUCUUGAAGAGUGUACGGAGCGAGAUGAUGAGAACAGAACAGUUCUCGAAUCUGUGUACUCGGGCCAAGGGAUUAGGACCAUACUGGCAGCUGAAGGAGAGGAAAGGAAUAUUCGGAACAUAAAAAUCGAUGUCUGGAGAGCAUUCUUCAGUCGGUUUGGAAUGGUCGAGGUAGAUUUGGGCACGGCAUCGCUAUAUCAAGCAAAUUUGAUGGUAAAGAAAUUUCCUUGUGGAAGUUCUUGCACGCUUGAAAUGAAUGGAAAAUGCCUGAUUAUUGGGUGGAAGGGCACGCCUAUUCAUUCUCUUUCUGCAUGGCAAUUCAAAUAACAAGUGUUUAUAGUAGCAUGAUCACAUACUUGCUCCAUACCU